AUGUCUGAACAAACCGCCCCGGCCACCACCGAGACCAAAAUUAACUCCGGGAUCGCCGAAGCCACCGCCGUCGCUCAAGACAAGGUCGCAGAGGUUGCCCACGAACAGGAGCAACAAGCCGAGGAAACCAAGGAAGCCGUGGUCAAAGACGCUCAGGAACAGGCUGCCGAGGCCUCCAAGGCCAAGGACGACGCCGUCAAGCACGCGGAAACCGAAGCCGAAGCCGUCCAAAAGGAUGCGGGCGAGGCCGUUGCGGGUGUGACCAAAACGGAAAAGAAGAGCGAGGACAGCGAGGCCAACGUCUCGGGCGUCAAGAAGUGGGUGGCCAAGCUAAAGAAGCUGUUCAAGUAG